UAGUUCAGUACAUGUGAGGAUGCUUAAAAACUAGUUUCCGGUGAAACUGUGUGAGUUAUGUGUAACUGAUCAGAGAAAUGGCCGUAGCAAAACCAAAUUUUAUUGAUGGUUUACAAGAAGAGUUGACAUGCCCUAUUUGCCUGGACCACUUCAAAGAUCCUGUCUCUAUUGAAUGUGGGCACAGUUUUUGUCGGCACUGCAUAUCCCACACAUGGAGAGGAAUCCAUUGUAACUUUUCAUGCCCACAGUGCAGGAACAUAUCCCGGUGGAAAUUUUUAAGACCAAACCGUCUGGUGGAGAAUGUGGUAGAAAUAGUAAAUAAUAUAAGUGCAACUAAACCAGAUGACAACACUAAUGCGUUGUGUCAGAAGCACCAAGAACCAAUUAAGCUUUACUGCCAGUUGGAUAAUGAAGAAAUUUGUGUGAUAUGUAGAGAGUCCAUUGAUCAUAAAACACAUUCUGUAAUACCACUUGAUGAAUCAACAGCAGAAUUUAAGCUUCAGCUGAAGGAUCGUCUUAAAAAAUUAAAAAAGGAGGUUGAAGAUAUUCUUAAUAGCAAAACUGAGGAACAGAAAAAAGCUCAGAUGCUUCAGAAUGAAGUUGGACAAAAACGUAAACUGUUGACCUCUGAAUUAGCGGUGCUACGACAGCUUUUGGCAGAUCAUGAGCGAAUGCUCACUAUCCGCUUGGAAGAGUUAGAGAAAACAAUCACACAGAGAACGAAUUCUAAAUUGGCCAAGCUGAAUGAAAAACUGUCCUUUCUCCAGGGACUGAUUGCCGAUAUUGAAAAAAAAUGUGUGCCAUCACCCUGUCAAACACAGGAACAGAAAAACACGAGCAGAGCUUGUUGUUUUGAGUCUUUUGGGCCAAGGCGCAAAACUUCUGUUGGGACCAUGGAUUUGAAUACCUGGGAAUACGUGAAGAGGUUUACAGUUUCCGUGACCCUGAACCAUAAAACUGCUAACGCAAACCUUUUUAUUUCUGUAAAUCGGAAAAUCGCCAGAUAUGAGGAAUAUCCAAAUGAUAUGAAUCCAUAUCCCGAGUGUUUUAAUGUGAAACCUUGUGUCUUGGGAAUAACUGGAUACAAAUCUGGGAAGCGCUAUUGGGAAGUAGAAGUGGGUGGUGGGGUAUACUGGAGCAUUGGUGUUGCCAAAGAGUCUGUAAACAGAAAAGGAUCAUUUAGAAUCGAACCUAGUGGUGGUAUAUGGGCAAUAGGCCUACUUGGUAUGUAUACAGAUAAUUACUAUGCCUUCACUAAUCCUGAUUCUCUUUUGAACCCUCGGGAACGUCCUGUGAGAAUUGGCGUGUUUUUGAAUUGCGAUGAGGGUUAUUUGUCUUUUUACAAUGCAGAUUCCAUGGAGCACCUUUUCACCUUCACACCUGUGACAAUGCACGAAAGACUGUUUCCAUUUUUUGUGUUGGUGCAUUGGGAACGGAACUUAGACUUGAUUUCUAACCAUUGAUACCUUUCCCUUUAAUGUAUGUGUUGUCAGAAAAUGCUGUUAACCAAAGAUUGCUUUCAUCAUUAGGACUGUGCUUUUACAGAUGUGUUCCAAGUCUAGAAGCUAGGCCAGAAAAUUAGGAUCCAGAAUUGUUUGGCAGCCACAGGAUAUAAAUAUUUCUGUCUA